GAAAUACUGAGUCGAUGACCACGAAGACGCGGACCACACGUUGCUUUCCGCCGUCCUUCAAUGUCCGACUUGGCACUUUGCUGCCCUCCGCAAAAUGUUUUCGUUGAAAAUGCCAGAAGCACGACGAAAUUCAAAUUAAUGUGAGUCGGUGCAUUGAUUCCUUGUCCUCCUCGGUGUCUCCCCUCGGUUAAUCACAGUGUCGGUAAGAGCAGCAUCUGUACACGGGCAACCGAACAAGACGGACAAAUUUAUCUAUCUAUCACUGCUAGGCCUGAGCCUGUUAUGGAAGCAGUACAUUCUGACUACCUUUUCGUUUUGGUGUACAUGUACUACUCAUGUGCAGUUAUCCCCGCGUUCCUUCAAUAACAUAGCCCCGGCUGAUGUAUUUGAUACUGCCAAAAUGCUUGAUGUAAAUACCAGUACGUUGACAACGCAAAUACUAACCUCAGAUGAAGUACUUCUUCCAUGGUCGUCUGAACUCAAGAGCAAACGCAGUACGAUUUCGCAAAAACUCAAAUUUGGUGCUACAAACAUAAACAACGACAAGAGCGCUGCCUUUCCCCGAUCCGCGCUGGAAAAUGCAUCUGAAGGGGACGAAGCUGACGCGACCGUGGCCAGUUCUCCGCCACCGUCAUCUCGUCCGGUGGCUGCGGUUUGCCUGGAGAAGAGUCACGGUAGUACAACAAGAAGCACAGAUGUAGUGACACCUAGGCAUUUGCUUUUGCCAUCGGUAGCAACGACCGGGAAACGUAAAAAGCAUGAAUACGAGCGCCGCAAGGGCUUCGUGCACGUGUGCGGUGGAUCUGCGGCUGGGAAGUCGACGCGGAUGCGUUUUCUCGUGGAUUUCCUGGAGCGUCCGGAGCUGGUAGAGCACGCGACGGGAGGGCGCUUUACGGUCAGCAGCGCCAAGAAAGUUCACAUCGAGCUUCCACAGGAUGUUGAUCCGAUUCCCGUCAUCAAGAAUGCGGGGGUGCAGCGAGAAAAAAAAAAUCCCAACGAGAAGAAAAUGGCUUCAAAUUGUUCACCAAAGACGAUGAAAGUCGCUGGAUCUAAGAGCAAGAUGAAGCAAAAGCAAAUGCGUGUGGGUGCAUCAAAAAUAUCACCAGGACAUCAGACUACCAAGGCGGUGAAGGUGGAAGGGCCGAAAAGUACAAGAAAAAACGUACGAAAGGCAGGCUCGUUCAAGAUGAAGACUGUGAAAAGUACUUCGUCGCUGACCAGUGGGGGCGAGUGUACACCGAAGGGGUCGGUGGCUGGAUUGUCUUCCCGAGGGUCUCCGACGGUGGAUCAUAUCGUCUGUGGUGCGGACAGGAAGUCCCGCCCGACAUCGAAGAAAAUAAGAGGCAAAGACACAGUCAUACUCGGACGUAGUACGACUUCGACUGGGCCCUCGACUAAAAGAACUGCAUCGAAAGUGUCUUCUAUGAUGAAAAAAGGGAAACGUACUGCCAAGAGCGAGAUGAAAUCCAAGCAGAAGAUGGCUACGAAGCAUGCGUCUUCUGGUGCCGCGGGUUCGUUGACCUCGCCCGCUCCAGAGAAAUUGAGGAAAAAGAAGUCUCCGCUUGUGCAUGCUCCCGCCUCGAUCUACACGCUCGAACUGACUCAAGACGGCGGAAGUGUUUUGGGGUUUGGACCCGGCCCUGUGAAGGAGGGUGGAGGUUCCACGCGUCCGGUGAGCAGCAAGCUAAGGGUCGCUAUCGUCGGACAGAAGCAGCAGAACUUUUUCACAAAAAAAGAUACUUGGACUAGCUUCGACAAGAUAGCCCGCAAAAAAGAUCAACUUUUUGUGGUAAGAAGCCUACUUCUAUCUGAGACGUACGACUGUGAUUUCAUUUUCUACGAAGGGAUGUUUGGGCUAAUGAGCACGAACUCCUGGUGGUCGCCGGCUCCCCUGAGAGAAAGUUUAUUUGUUGACGAGCCCAAAGAGAAACACAAGGACAAGCGCAAGCGCGGUGGAAGCUACAACAGCUGCCGAAGUGCAUGUCACGCGGAGAGUGGGUCGAGCGUUCCUCUUGAGUUCCACUACAUUGUCAGCUUUUUCGACAAUCCAGAACAGCAAGCGGCUCGGUUAACCGAGCGCACGCUCAAGCCGCGGAAGAUUACGGAAGAAAAUCUUCUCUGGGGCAUGAACGAGGACGCGCGGAAGUUUGAGACGAAGCUGCAACAGGUUGUAAAUGAAAGCGAGCAUGUAGUAAAAGCAAGCAACGACCACGAGCACGCCGAAAACAGCAGCUCCUUCGAAAAUGUCGUUUUCGUAACUCGCAUCAAGCCAUUGGAAGCAGAUAAAGAAUUUUUGGUAGACUACUUGUGCGAAAAUAUUUUGAAGACCACUAGAAAUAGAGACCUCAAAAGCGUUCCGGGAUAGCAAGAUCUCCUGUCUCUUCGACUGAUUUGAAAUUUCCGAAGUUUUACAAGGGCACAGCAUUUCAUCUACCACCGAGAAAGUCAGAGGAAAAUCCGUUGCAUGUACGAGUGUUCAUUGCAAUUGAG